AUGGACACUAACUCUCUUCACCAACUCGUUUCUCCGAAGAUCGAAAACCAGUAUGAUCCAGAUUCCUUGUAUGAAAUGCUCGAAAAGUUGCCUCCGCUAGAGAGCCUGCUCGAUACCGAUGAUGAUCUGAAACCAAACGAGGGUUUGCAUUUUCAGUUUCAGUAUAAUGGCUUUGAAGAUUUCUUCGAAAACAUCGAAGUGAAUAACACAUUUUCAUCUGAUAUUCUUAUGCUGACUCAAAACCCCUACUUGUCGAGUGAAUCCUUUUCACCAGUGGCUGUCCAAAACAGCGAUUGUCUCAGUUCCAACGAGACAUGUGAAAAGAGAACUCUUAAGAGGAAGAGGCACGUCAAGGCAAAGAGACAGAACCAACUGGAGUUGUCUGAGAUCAGGAAGUUUUUCGAUCGGCCGAUCAUGAAAGCGGCUAAAGAACUCAACGUUGGACUUACUGUGUUGAAGAAGCGUUGCAGAGAACUUGGGAUUUACCGGUGGCCUCACCGGAAGCUCAAGAGUCUUAACUCUCUCAUUAACAAUCUCAAGGGUGUUGGGAUGGAAGAAGAAGUGAAGAAUUUGGAGGAACAUAGGGUCCUUAUAGAGCAAGAACCUGAUGCUGAGCUAACUGAUGGAACGAAGAAGUUGAGGCAAGCAUGUUUCAAAGCUAAUUACAAGAGAAGGAAGUCACUUGCCAAUGACGACGAUUACAUUUGA